GAAUGGGCCCGUCCUUUCGCACGUGACGUCACAUCAUGGCGGACAACAUGAACGGUUCUCCCGAAGCCCAGGGUGUAGCAUCAGAACCUACUGCCCAGGAGGUCCCAGCAUGCUCAGUGAUGUCUCAAGACGCAGAGCCCGACUGCAGCAUCCUUGAGGAGACAGCAGACAUCAGCACCCCUCCCCCUGAGGAGGACACCCCCAGCCCCAGCCCUAGCCCCACCCCCGAGUCAGACCUGAGAGAAAAUGGCAGUUCUGCAGUUGACAAGAAGAAGGACAAGAAGAAGACCAAGAAGGGGUACAGGUGGGGCAUUGAAGCCGCCUUACAGAAUACUGGCCCUGAUGGCAAGCAGGGCGGAGCCGAGGGUAGCGCAGUGGACGCCAAGGAGAUUGAGCAGACCAUCAAGCAGACCAUGCAGACCCUGAACGCAAUGGACAACCCUGACGAAAAAUUGGCUGCAAUCGUGAAAAGAUAUGCAGAACUGCUGGGUGAUCACAGGUCCCUUCAGAGAGAAUUCAAGGCAAGUCAGCGAAUGCAGACACAGGUUCUGCGGGAGAAAGAGAAGCUGCAGGCUGAGCACAGCAAGGCUCUCCUGGCCAGGAGCAAACUGGAGAGUCUCUGCAGAGAGCUGCAGAGGCACAACAAGGCCAUCAAGGAAGAGUCCCAGAGGAAGAUGAAGGAAGAAGAAGAAAAGAGAAGGGAGAUCUCCUCAAAGUUCCAGACGACUCUGGGUGAGAUCAGCACACAGAUGGACGACAACAGAGACAGAAGUCUGAAGAUGAAGGAGGAGAACAUGGAGCUGUGUGGGAAGCUGAAGAGUUUGGUGGAACAGUACGAGAAGAGAGAGGAGCAUGUGGAGAAGCUGAUAAAACAGAAGGACCUGGAGCGUCAGCUGGCAGAGGCAAAGUUGCAGCAGGCAACCAUGAUGCUGGCUGAGGAGAAGGAGAAAUUCCUCACAGAGAAACAAGUGCUGCUGAAGGAGAACUAUGCCCAUCGGGAGAGGAGUGAACAAAUGGCCAUACAGGAGGAGAACAUGAAAAUGCAGCUGAAACUUUACACAGAGAAGUUUGAGGAGCUUCACAAGACGUUGAAUCAGAGCAACGAGGUCUUCAACAAGUUCAAGACCGAAAUGGACACAAUGAACAAAAGGAUGAAGAAACUGGAGAAGGAGUCGUUCCAGUGGAGAACAAAGUGGGAGAAAUCUAACGUCACACUGCUCGCCAUGGCUGAGGAGAAACAAACGAGAGACAAGGAGCUGAUCAUGUUGAGAACGAAGUGUGGGAAGCUGGAGAACCUGUGCCGGGCACUGCAGAACGCUCGCAGUGACACGGAGGGCGGCGCUGACAAGGUCUCCGAGGUCCUCACCAAGUUUGAAGAGGCAGAACAAAAAUUAGCAGCUGAGCCAAAGGACCCAGACCAGGACUCAUCUAAACCUAAACCUCACAACGAGACAGACGAAACUAAACAACCAGACAACGCAGAUAGUAAACAACCAGACAACGCAGAUACUAAACAACUAGAGGACGCAGAAACUAAACAAGCAGACGAUGCGGGAAAAACGGAGAAGCGUCCGGACAUGCCGCUGGUAUGCCGUCCACAGUGA